AGCUAACGAUCGGCAUCGCCCCCUUCAGCGCGACGGGCCAGGGGUUUGCGGACCAGACUUCCGAUUCAGAAGACCAAACUUAAGACAGACUGACGAGAGAGAGAAAGAGAGUCAGGGUUGGCCGACAUCACUCAUACAUAGCACCACAGACCCCCAAGAUAUUGGCUUCACCGAGACUUCUUGAUGGUGGGAUGGCAUCAUGGCACCAGUUUAAACUUCGGACUGGCGUAUGCUUAUUGUGGAGGCACACAGCAGGGCUGCACCGGAAACCCUUCAGGUGGAUGGCACACUGCAAACCAUCGCUACUGGAUAUGCACCGAACAAGCCAGGGGCUUCUACAUCCGUUCUUCCUACAGAAAUGGGGCUGCGGUGGACCAUAUCGGGGCGGGGAAGCCGUCAGACUACGGCUUAUCCGACAUCCCAUCGCCACCUUUCUGUAGGAGAGACAAUCAUGAUGAUGUGUAUAUACUUAGGUUUGUACAGAACAUCCGUGUCGAGAGCGACCGGGAGAAUGCCACAUAUUGACGAUGCCCACGCAAGGAGGGUUUCAAUAGCGUCGCUGGUGGGUCGCGAGUCGCCGGAUCGGGACAUUCCCAGAGCCCAGCCCACAUGCCCUCCCUUCCGGUUCUAGAACGGCUGUUCGUGCCCGCUAGCGGUGGCUGGGUGCUAUUUUAAACGUCUCACGACCGCGAGCGUUCCCCAAGGCGAGUUGAUCUCCGCCGCGUCAACGCGAUUAGAGUUUGGGGGAAGAAGAUCUUCCAUCCG